UCCAACUUUUCUUUUCUACCGCACUUUCGAAAUGAAAUAGCCACAUGAAAUAUUUUUAAUUAUCUUCACGUUGUAUGUUAGGGUUUAUAGUAACCCCAAAAUUUCUUCCGUAUUCUGAAACAAAUCAACACUAUUUUGAUUCUUUAUGCAGAUACCUAUGAAUGGAAAUGGGAAACAUUUUCUAAAGAAACAAAUAGAUUUUGAAGACCAAGUUAUUUUCCAAGCUGUGACGCGUAGAUUACUUGUGGACUUUCUUAAAUUCUGGAUUUGUGAUGUUAGAAAUUUUAAAAUUUAAAACAUGAAGAGGCGCAGAGAAGUAUCUCAAUCUAAUUCUCAUUCAUCUUGUCGACAAACAUCUUUUUUAUCAUUCAUACAUCGCUUCAAUGCAUGUUGUUACACUUGUCCCGAAAAAUACGACCCAAAAAUGAAAAAAAUGGACAGUUUGUGUACAGUUAGGUUAAUUUUCACAUUUUUGAAAACUAUUGGACUGGUAUGUCUGUAUUAUUGCUUUUCAAUUGGUAUCACAUUUUAUCAAAAAUGGUUUAUAAAGGACUUCCAUUUCCCUCUGACAGUAGUUAUAUGUCAUUUAGUAGUAAAAUUUGUAUUAUCUGGAAUAUUAAGAUGUGUUUAUCAUGUAGUUACUGGUAGACAAAGGGUUGUUCUAGAUUGGCCAACAUAUUUCAAACAACUUGCACCUACAGGCAUUGCAAGUGCAUUGGAUAUAGGCCUUUCUAAUUGGAGUUUCGAAUUUAUUACUAUAUCUUUAUACACAAUGACAAAAUCUACUUGUAUUAUAUUUAUAUUAGGAUUUUCUCUUUUGUUUGGACUAGAAAAAAAGAGAUACUCUCUAAUCAUAGUUGUUGGUCUCAUAGCUGCAGGCUUAUUUAUGUUUACAUAUCAGUCUACUCAGUUUAAUUUAGAUGGCUUCCUGCUUGUACUCAGUGCCUCAUUUCUUGCCGGAUUGCGGUGGACUUUGGCACAGAUGGUGGUACAACGAAAAGAAAUGGGUUUAGGAAAUCCAGUUGAUAUGAUUUAUCAUGUUCAACCUUGGAUGGUUGUUGGUCUUUUGCCAUUAGCUAUAGUUUUUGAAGGUAUUCCAAUUGCUACAACAGAAAAGGUUUUCCGAUACAAAGAAGUUAGUGUGGUAUUAACAACUUUAGGCUAUAUAUUGCUAGGAUCAGUACUUGCAUUCCUUAUGGAGCUUAGUGAAUAUUUGCUGCUUUUGUACACAUCAAGUCUGACUCUGUCCAUUGCAGGAGUGUUUAAAGAAGUGUGCACUUUGUAUCUUGCUGUAAAAUACACUGGAGAUCAUAUGACUACCGUAAAUUUCAUUGGUUUAAUAGUGUGCCUUAUUGGAAUAACACUCCAUGUCAUUUUGAAAGCUUUGGAUUCAAAUGGUAAAGAAUCUUCUUUAAGGAAUCUUCUGGUAUCCUGUUACAUUAAUUUCCUUCGCUAUUUCUCUGUUUCUGGAUAUAAGAAUAUGAAAAGGAAAAAGAGCAUCAAGGGUGGCAACAGUUACUGAACAGAAAUGGAAUGGAAGCUGAUGAUGAUGAGGAAGAUGUCAUUUUUGAAACAAAUCCUGUUGCACGUUUGUGAAAAGAGGUUAAUAAUUGUUUGGCUUCUGAAGUAUUUGAAAUAUUUUUUCUGUCCUCAGAAGAGUUUGAAAUUGCUCAACUGUUCAAUGCUAUUAAAAUUACUGGAAACUACUGGAGCUGAAGAAUCUCUAAUAGUUAUAACAAUGUAUUCUUAGAUAAGGUCAACAAAAGUCUUUUAGAAAAAUAAUGAAUCUUAAAAAGAUGUUUAUAUUUGUAUUGUAUUUUUAUCAAAUGUGAAUAACAAUGAAUCAUAAAUUUUAUUUUUGGGGUUUUAGUGCAACUGUUAUUGUUUUCAGAGCAUAUUAUUAAAAUUUUAUUUUCUUUAUAUUUACAGUCCAACUCCAUGUAGCUAUUAUAUCAUGUGGUAAUCAAAGAUGAUUUGAAUAAGAUUGAUUUGGAAUAUUUUGUGACAAUUGUGAAGAUUUAGAUUUUAUCAGUAAAAUUACACUGCGUCGGAGUUAAAUAAUAAUUAUAUAUAUAUAUACACCAUCAUAAAACUAUUUUCUAGCUAAAAAUUAUUGCAACACAAUUUGAGUUUCUUAUAAUAAAAAAAAUAAAGCAGUAUAAAUUUAUUUUUACUAAAUAAUAAUUAUAAUAAACUUUUUUGUUAUAAUAAAAUAUAUAUAAUAUGCUUAUAUAUACUAGACCAUCAUCAUUUGGUCCCGUAAGCAGAAAAAAAAAUGCAUAAGAAUCUGAAUAAUAAAGAAUAAAAUGUCAAAGCGAUGCCACUUGACUUCAUUUAAUUCUUUAAUGUAAAAAUUGUAAUUAGGGAAACUAAUGUAUUGUUCUAUUUGUGAUACAUGCAGCAUAGUUUGAGAAAUUUUGAUCUACACCAGAAUUCCUUUUAAUUGUCUUCCUUCUUUGGUGGAAUCAUUUAUUCUCUCUGAAGAAACAGAAAAUCUGUAUUGCAUAAUUUUCAUUUAAUAUGUUACUUUAAAAGGAUUUGAUUCUUAUUGUAUGCUUUGCUAUGAUAUUACACACGUUAUUAAUAUUCAAUUGAAUUGUUCAGGAUCUUCAAAUAACGGUAAUGAAAAUGAGAUUAUGGUUAAUGGAGUUAGACUGUAAGUAAUUGUUUUUAACUUAUUUGACUAUUUAUGUCUGUAAUUUAUAUCUUCACAUUACAUUUUAUUUUAUUUUCAAACUUUCCUUGUGUUCAUAAAUGCCUUUGUUGAUUUAAUAUUGAUUUAAUUGUUAAAAAAUGAAAUGAGUAGCGAUUUCCUGUUCUUGACUUCCAAUCGUAGUCCUUACGAAUCCACAACAAAGUUAUUAGGAAAUGAAUGUUGUAUACACAAUCAUCUUUUCUCUUCUCAGCUGUGAAAUUUUAUAGAAGUGCCAUAAAGUAUUAAAUGUCUUUCCAUUUGGCUGUUCUAUGUGCUAAUAUUUUGUCUGUUGCUAUUAGAAAAAUUCAUAAUGAGUUAAUAUUGACCAUGCUCAUAAAUUGAUUUUGCUGUCUUACCAUGUUCAGGUUUUGAGUUUAAAAAUAAUGUAGAAAUUAUAUUAAUUGAUUUUUUAAUUUUAUUAAUUAUUAUAUUUCUAAAUUGUGCAUCAUCUGUAAGAACAAAUCUGUACCUAUAAUACGAUCUUUAAAAUAUAUUGUUGAUCAUUUCCAAAUAAUGAUAUUUGUUUCAUCUUUUACAUAUUAUUUCUUCUUUAUACAAAUCUCUUCCAAUUAUCACAAGUGUAGAACAUGAGAUGCUUUAAAAUUUGGUGGACUUUAUACAAAGUAACUGAGGUUAGGGGGAGUAAUUUGGUUUAUUAAAAGAUAAAAAUAUAUAAACCAAAGUUUAAAAAAUUAUUUUAUUCCAUUUACUUUUGUAUUAUACUAGGAGAAGUUUUAAUAAUAUUAAGUUAAUUUUGUUAUAUGAUAGGUUUAACUAAAAUCGAGAGUCUGCCAUUUUAUUAAAAAAAUACUCAUCAUUUGAAACUAAUUAAAAGCUUUUUUUCUUUGUAUAAAAUGAAGAUAACUUCACAUUAUAAACAGGCAGUUAUAUUCCAUAACAUUAUUUUUCAUGUGAUUAAAAUUUUUAAGACCUUAUUUCCACCAUUAAAACUGUUGUAUAUCCCUAACUUUAAAAAUGUAACAAUGGAAUUAAAAAAAUCAGUGACACAUAAUUAAAAUUAAAUUAAAUUUUAAACUUUUUUUUAAAUUUAAUAGCUUAUGUCAAAAAAUAUAAAAGAAUUCCUCCAUAACAGUUUGUUGUGGGUGUUUAUGUAUAUGCAACAUCUGUAAUCUGUAGUUUAUGAAAUCCUGUUAUAUGCUAUGAAGCUACAAGAAAUAUAUUUAAAUUGAUUGAUAAAAAUAUGAAUUUUAUCAUAAUUAUGAUAAAGCUUAAAAUAUUUUCAUAAAAAAAAAGUCGCUUUAUUUCAUAUUUUUCCUUUAGAUUGUGUCAGAAAACCAUACUUUUAUAUUAUUUGUUUGAAAGUAUAAAAUCUGUAAUCAUUAAACUCAGUAUGUCAAACUCAGAAACUGACCAGGCCAAAUAUAUAUGCAUUUAAUUUAUUUACGCUGCAAAAAAGUAAAAUUUCAUAACAUAAUGUAAUAUAGUAUAAGAAAGUACAAAUGAUGAAAUCAAAUAAAAGUCUUUUCUUUUACUGCAUUUUCUAUUAAAGAAGAGUUCUGGUUUACAAUGAUUACCUUCAGCAUUGUGAAAAUUUUUUGUCAUUGUCAUUUCUUGAUAAAAAAAAAAUUGCAACUGUUUUUGGCAUUAAAUAUUUUUUUUAUUUAAUGAUAAUAAUGUGUAAAAAACAAAAGGAUUUAAGAUUAAACUAUAUAAAAAUUUAGAUGAUUUUUGUCCUUGAUCAUUUUUAAAUGUUCAGAGCACAGUCUCCACCUAACAUCGGCGAAUACCAAAUUGUCAAAAGAGAAAAUUACAUCUGUGAUGAAACGUUUUUAAACUUCAAAAUGGGAAUGGGGGGAAAAAAUGCUAAUUUAGCAAGUUUCAGAAACUUCUGAAAUUCAAAAGGGAAGAGACAAAACAUUGGUAAUUAACUUUGAAAUAUAGGGUUAAAAAGCAAUUUAUUAUGUUUGUAUUGUGGAUUUAUCUGCAAAUAUAUUUUCAUUUAUUAGUAAUAAAUAUUGUCACAUCAACAAGUAUUUUUAAGUAUUUUAGUAAUUCCUUAUGCAUAUUUUUCUGUUUUCAAAUUUGACUGCUAAUGUGAAAUUUAUAUUUUCCCAUUGAAAUUUUCCUUUAUUUUGAAGUGUAUUAGAUCUCAUUUAACUUUCAUGCAUAAAAUUUGGUUGCAAUAUCAUCAGAUUUCAAUUUUUGUCACAAGAAUAUUUUUUAAAAAAACCUUCAAAAGUGUUAAGUUUAUAAGUAUUUUAAAUUCAAUUUUAAAACUUUUUCUUUUGUAUUAUGUUUUUCAGAUAAGCUUCUUAAUAUUUAUUCCUAAUUUGAAGUUUUAAAACUAGAACUUUAUUUUAAAAAUUAAUUAAUAACUUUUUACCUCUCUUGAUCACAAAAUUAUGAUUCCUUGCAGAUUGUGAGUUUGACAUGCAAUCUCUAAAUUGUAUUUGAUGCUUACUUUUCAUAAAACUUUUUUAAAAUUAGAAUGUCUUUGUUUUUCAGUUUUUCAUUCCAGCUUUUGCAUUUUUGUUGUUAUUUAAUACAAUUUUUAUACAUGACCAAAUAUUAAUAAUGGAAUUGUGUUUAUUUGCUUGUUUUGUCUAGUCAUUGCUUUAUCGUAUAUUUAGUGAAAUUUGAAAAGCUUUACAAGCAUUGCUUUUUCUCAAUCAAAGUACUUCAUUUUCCUAAUUUGUUUACAUUAUAGACAAAACAAAGAUAAAUUAAAUUAUGCUUAUACAUUUUAUAUUCUUAGUUGUGAUAGCUCAGCUUUUUUAUAUAAAUUGUGUAGUUUUUAUAAAAAUUAUUUUCAGAAAUUUUAGAAUUCAUCCUGUAAAAUGCUUCUUUGGCAUUUUAAAAUAAUAUGAACUCUUUUAUGUAUGUUGUGUGUGUCCUAACAUAUCUAUAUCAAUUCCUGACAAUACUCCCAUUUCUGAAUUUGAAUUAAACUUUAUACAAUGUUUGAAAAUGAUAAUGAAUGGUCAGAAGUGUGACUUGAUUUUAAAUAUAAUAAUGAUUUCCAGUGAUUUAUGUAACUAGUAUAUUGUUGUGAUGAAGAAACAUUCCUAUUUUUUAAAUUGCAUUUCGAAUGUUAUUUUUCUGAAUACCUUACCACAUCUGGUUGUGAUUUAAUGGAACAAAUUAACAUUCAAUGUGGUUAUUCACUGGACCAUUUUUAUUUUCUUAGAAAAUUUAAUUUUAAUUUUUCUAGUCAAAGCUAAUUUUGUUGAAUUUAUUCUGUAAAUUAUAUUUAAGUAAUGUAAUCUUUAUGUAUAUUGAAGCUGCAAUAAAGGAAAUAUUUCUAUUUUUUUU